GCCGUCCAAUGAAAAGUCUGUUAAAUUUUUAAAUCUCGCUGAGCGCUCAGUCAGUCAGUCAGUCAGUUAGAUUCAAUAUCUCAGUUUAGCGUUAAUGGAGUGACCGAAAAUGACGGAAGAAUCCGCCGUAAAAGUUUGCGUUAGGGUCAGACCCCUUAUUAAAAGGGAGGAGUCGGAGAGUUCAGAGCCAGUCCAGCUGUUCUGGAGAGCAGACAAACAGGCCAUCCAUCAGCUGGAUGAUGAUGGGACUCAAACUAAGAGCUUCAGUUUUGACCGUGUGUUCAGUGCUGAAGAGAGCACUGGUCAGCUCUACCAGGAUAUCGCAAAGCCGCUGGUCGUGUCCGCAGUCGAAGGCUAUAACGGCACGAUAUUUGCCUACGGACAGACAUCUUCCGGAAAGACUUUCACCAUGAUGGGAAGUGAGCAUAACCCUGGAGUGAUUCCUCUCGCCAUGGCUGACGUCUUCAAAACUAUUAAAAACUGUCCAAAGAAAGAGUUUCUCCUGCGCGUGAGCUACAUGGAGAUCUACAACGAAACGGUCACAGAUUUGCUCUGUGAAAGCUGGAAAAGAAAACCUCUGGAAAUUCGUGAAGGGAACUACAAAAACGUGUACGUGGCUGAUCUGACCGAAGAGAUGGUGACGUCACCGGAACAAGCCCUGUCCUGGAUCACCAAAGGAGAAAAAAACCGGCAUUAUGGAAAAACGAAAAUGAACCAGCGCAGCAGCCGCUCUCACACCAUUUUCCGCAUGAUCUUGGAGAGCCGUGAGAGGAGUGAUCCAGCGUCAGGUGAAAACGCUGAUGGAGCCAUCAUAGUGUCACACCUGAACUUGGUGGAUCUUGCUGGUGCUGAACGAGCGAGUCAAACGGGAGCUGAGGGAACCCGGUUUAAAGAAGGCUGCAACAUAAACCGCAGUUUGUUCACACUGGGUCAAGUCAUUAAGAAAUUAUCUGAUGAGAGUCAGAAGGGCUUCUUGAAUUAUAGAGACAGCAAACUGACUCGAAUCCUUCAGAACUCGUUGGGUGGGAAUGCGAAGACUGUGAUUAUUUGCACCAUCACGCCGGCCACUGUGGACGAGACCGUCAGCACCUUACAGUUUGCGAGUGCGGCGAAGCGCAUGAAGAACGACCCUCACGUGACGGAGGUGUCCGAUGAAGGCGCUCUUCUAAGAAGAUACCGCAAUGAGAUCGUUGAUCUUAAACGUCGUCUGCAAGAGGUUUCGUCUGUCACACAAACAACCGCAACCGAGCGAGAGUCACUGUGUCAGCUUCUGCAAGAGAAAGACCAGCUCCAGAGAGAGCAGGAGGACCGGAUUAAGAACUUGACCAAGUUGCUAGUCACUGCCUCAAAUGUUGCCCUGAUCCCAAAGGUUCCCAAGCGGAGAGUGACGUGGGGCGGGAAACUCCUGAGAUCUGCGCAUCUACUGAAGGAAGAUCUCGGCUACACUGACAUGAGUUUCGCAGAGCCGUACAUCAAGAAGCGAAGAGCCGACUGCUCUCUGCCCGAGGAGGGAGAGGAUAUGGAUGAGUUCGACAGCCGGUUUGAUUUCACUGCGCUGGAUGAACCCAACAUGGACAUGGAGAUGAGCAGCAUCACUGUCCGCAGCUCCUCGGAGGGGAAUCCUUUCCUCGACUCUCCCCAGGCGAGCGAGCUGUCGCAGAAGGUGGCAUCUCUGGAGCGUCAGUUGGAGGCAGAGACUCAGAGCAAGCAGAGAGCAGAGGAGAUGAGCGCUGAGCUCCAGCUGAAGGUCUCUGAGCUGCAGAACAAGCUGGAGGCUCAAGCCGCGCCGUCAGAAGAGGAGAAGCCCAUCUCUGAGCUGGAGAGACAGAUGACGGAGCUACAGCGUCGACUCGAGACGGAGGUUCAGGAGAGACAGACGACUGAGGAGAGAAGCGCCGCGCUGGAACUGAAGGUGGCGGAGCUGGAGAAGACUUCAGAAGCCUUCCUGCGCUCUCAGAACAUGUGUGAACAGAUGAAGAGAGAUCUGGAAGAGGCCAUUCAGCUCUGUGAGACCGUCGGAUUUGAGAAAGAUGCUGUUAUUGCUGAGCGAGACCUGGUCAAACACACACUUCAGCUGGUGAACGAAGAACUGGAGAGUCUGAAGGCUGAGAAGGACUCGCUUCAGAAAGACAAAGACGCCCUGCAGAAGGACAUCGAUGAGAGGAGAGACGCAGAUGAGUUUGAGAAACUAGAGGAGGAGAGCAAGAGAGAGUAUGAGAGAGAACUAGAGGCUGAAAACUCCAGACUGCAGCAGGAUUUAAAACGAUCAGAAGAAAUGAUCCAACAGCUGAAGGCUGAUCUGGCGACGAUGUCAUCCGAGCUUCAGAAGAAGACGGAUCUGAACGCUGAGCUGCAGAGUUUUAGCGACAAGGAUCUUUUGCAUGAAGUGACUCGUCUGCGGCGCUCUCUAGAUGAUGCGGAGACUCUCAGUUUGGAUACCAAGAAAGAAUGGGCCUUCCUGCGCAGCGAGAACAUCUGCCUCAAAGAGAGAGACGCGACCCUGACAACUGACUAUGGGAAGAUGGAAGCUGAGGUGAAGACGCUUCAGGAUAAGCUCGAGCACGAGAAGUCUCGCUUCAAGAAGAUGCAAACGGAUCUUCAGAAAGAGCUGAUGGGCGCCUUCGAUGAGAACACCAAACUCACUGCUCUGCUGGACGGAAAAGUGCCAAAAAAUCUGACCGAUAAUCUUGUGUUGGAGAAAACUGUGUGCGACUUGCGUAAGGAGCUUGAUCAGAGUCACGAGAGGGAGGGAUGUCUGCAGAGUAAGACGGAGGAGUUGGAGACACUUCCUGUUAAAAUGGAUGAAUUACUGGGACAGGUGUCUGGUCUGUCAGAAGAGCUGCGUUCUGUUAGAGAGGAGCGAGACGCUCUGAUAUCUGCUCAGUCCAGUUUGAAUGAAGAUCAUCAGAGGCUGAAAGAGCAGACGGCGAACGCUCAGGAUCAGCUGCUGAAGAUGGAGAGCGAUCUGGUCGAUGCUCAGCUGAAGGAAGCAGAACUGACCCAACAGCUGACGGAGACUUCAGAGCGGCUCCAGACGGAUCUGCAGGAGAAGAGCACACUGCUCGCGUCAUUAGAGGAGGCCACGCAGAAGUUGAGCUCAGAGCUGGAGUCUGUUCGCGGCGAGAGAGACGCGCUUCUGUCUGAGAAGAUGGAGCAAGUUCAGAGUGACCCGGAUGAGAUGGAGAACCUGCGACGCACGAUCAGCUCGAUCACUGAAGAGCGAGAGCAGCUGCAGGAGAUCCUACAGGGCCUGAGAGAUGAGAGAGACCAGCUCAAGAGGGACAUGGAGGAAAAUGUGGAGAUGAUGAUUGAGACUCAAGCAGAACUGAGAGAUGCUCAGGAGACGGUAAAGGACCUUCAGGGGAAAAUACACAAUCUGGAGUCACAGAGAGUUCAGACGGUCGACCAACAUGAGGACCAGAACAAAGAUGAUCAGCUACAAGAUCAGAUCAAGCGGCUGACAGAAGAGCUCAGCGCUGCUGCGGGUGAGAAGGAGCGACUGCUGUUGGAGAGAUCGGAGCUUCAUGAGAUGUCUGACGCGAUGGAGAAGAUCAAAGCAGAUCUCACAUCUGUAACGGAGGAGAGAGAUCAGCUUCAGGAGAAACUACAGCAGAUGAAAACACAUCUGGAGGAGAAUGAGAUGAUGCUGCAGGAACAGCAACAACAUGAUUCCAGUGAGGAGAACAGCGCUGCGCUUCAGCAGAUCCAGACGCUAAAGGAAGAGCUUGAGACUUUAUUAGAGCAGAAAAACCAGCUGACAUUGGACCUUCAAGAUGCAUCUGAACAGGUGUCUGGUCUGUCAGAAGAGCUGCAUUCUGUUAGAGAGGAGCGAGACGCUCUGAUAUCUGCUCAGUCCAGUUUGAAUGAAGAUCAUCAGAGGCUGAAAGAGCAGACGGCGAACGCUCAGGAUCAGCUGCUGAAGAUGGAGAGCGAUCUGGUCGAUGCUCAGCUGAAGGAAGCAGAACUGACCCAACAGCUGACGGAGACUUCAGAGCGGCUCCAGACGGAUCUGCAGGAGAAGAGCACACUGCUCGCGUCAUUAGAGGAGGCCACGCAGAAGUUGAGCUCAGAGCUGGAGUCUGUUCGCGGCGAGAGAGACGCGCUUCUGUCUGAGAAGAUGGAGCGAGUUCAGAGCGACCCGGAUGAGAUGGAGAACCUGCGAUGCACGAUCAGCUUGAUCACUGAAGAGCGAGAGCAGCUGCAGGAGAUCCUACAGGGCCUGAGAGACGAGAGAGACCAGCUCAAGAGCGACCUCGAAGACAGUAAUGGGAUGCUUAUGCAGGUUCAGCAGGAUCGCAGCGGCCCACAGACGGACACACAUCAUGAUGAACUCCUCCAGCAGAUUCAGCUGCUUAAAGAGGAACUGGACGCUGUGAAUGAGGAGAAGAACCAGUUAAAGUCUGAUCUACAGGAGAAUGUGGAAAUGAUGAUUGAAAAUCAAGAUGAGUUGAGAGGAGCUCUUGAGAAGGUGAAAGACCUUCAGAACACCAUACUGGAGCUGGAGUCUCAGCGGACGCUCAUGGAGUCUAAACUCUCUGAAAACACAUCGCAGCAGGUGAAGCAGCUGAGAGAGGAGUCGGAGAGCGUGUGUUGUGUGUUGGAGCGCUCCAUGAACACACUCGAUGACCCUGAGAUGAUGGAGAUGAAGGCCAGCAUCACCUCACUGACGGAAGAGCGCGACCAGCUCCAGCAGACCCUUCAGAGCCUCCGAGAAGAGCUGGAGCAGCUGAGGAGAGAGCAGCAGGAGAGAGACCAGACGAUGGCCCAGCUGAGGUCAGAGCUCCAGUCUGUGUGUGCUGAGAGAGACCGCGUGUCCUCUGAAAGAAGCAGAGACAUGGAACAGAUGGACCGGAUGAGCUCCAGCGUGAGCUCUGUGACCGAGGAGCGAGAUCGGCUCCUGGAGACUGUACAGCGGCUCACAGAUGAGAGCGAGCAGCUCGAGAGAGAUCGGCAGCUGCUGGAUGAGACGCUGGUCCAGGUGAGAGAGCAGCUGCAGUCCGCCUGUGCUGAAAGAGACGGUCUGCUGUCUGAGAAGACCAUCAGCGAUCUAGAGAAGACGACUCUAGAGGAGGUGCAGACCAGCCUCGCCUUCGUCAGUGAGGAGAGAGAGCAGCUCCUGGAGAUCCUGAAGCUCAACCGAGAGGAGAAGAACCAGCUGAGGAGAGAGCUGGAGGAGAAGGAUGAGACCAUGCUGCAGCUGCGUGAAGAGCUUCAGUCGUCUUCUGCAGAGAAACAGCAGCUUCUCUCUGAGAGAACGAGAGAGCAGCAGGAGAUGAAGGCGGCUGAAGCUAACAUCAGCGCUCUGACUGAAGAGAGAGACCGGCUGCUGGAGUCGCUGCAGGCCGUCAGAGACCAGAGAGAGCAGCUGGAGAAGAGCGAGAUGAUGGUGCUGUUGAGGCAGGAGCUGCUUUCUGCUUGUGCUGAGAGAGACCGUCUGCUGGCAGAGAGAGCGAGAGAUGCUGCAUGUAACCAAUCCAGCGCUUCCACCAGUAUGACAUCACUGACUGAGGGAGGAGACCUUCAGGAGAUCCUGCAGGGCGUCAGAGAGCUGAUCCAGGUCCAAGGAGAGCUCAAACAGAAGAAGCAUCAGGUGUCAGAUCAGCUGAGUCCCACAGAGAAGCAGAAAGUUCAGCUUGAGCAGAUUCAAGCUCUCAGGGAGGAGCUGGAGUCUCUGAGGAGUCAGAGGGAGGUGCUCCGGAAAGACCUUCAGGAGGCAGCAGCGAUUUCUAAAAUGUAUCAGGACUUACUGCAUGUGACUAAGGAGGAACUGAAGCAGCAGCAGAAAGAGAAGGAAGACCUGAUGGAGCAGAGUGCAGAGAAAGAGUCCCAGCUUCAGCGGCGAUUGAGUCAAAUGAGUGAAGAUCUCUCGGCCGUACAAGACCAGCACAACACAGAGAUCCAAAACCUCCAGACAAACCUCACCUCGCUUACGGAAGAGAAGGAUGAGCUCCUGGAGACACUGAGGAGAACGAGAGAGGAGGGAGACCUACUGAGACAGGAUCUUCAGAAGAGUGAGCAGACGAGAAACAGGCUGACCGAGGAGCUCGAGUCUCUCACUGGUGUGACCGAUCAGCUGGAGAAUGAGAAGACUCGUGCUGAGCAGGUCCUCGAGUCUUUAAGAGACGUCACAAAAGAGAGGGAUCAACUCAGACGAGAGCUGGAGGGAAAGCUGGAGAAGCUGACACACAUUGAGUCAAAAGCAGAGAAGCUGGAGAAACAGAAGAUCCUGCUGGAAUCUGAAGUCCAUUCUCUCAGUCAGUCUCUCACUGAGGUGAACUGUAGCGUGUCUUCUGAUCAGCUCAAACACAGAUCUGUACAUCUGAUUUCUGAAAUUGAUGCGUCUGAUGAGAAGCUGCAGGCGGCGUUUGCGAAGCUCCAGCUGAUCAUCGAUCGUCCCACUGACGCUUUAUCUGAGGUGAAUCGUGAAGAAUGGACUGUGAUCUAUCAGCUGCUGCAGUUCAUUCCUUUGGCUCAGAGGAGCGUCCACGCGACACACACCACUAAAACCACCAGACUGAAUCACGUGCUGAUCAAGACUGCGGAGGCGUACAGGAGACUAGCGCAGCGCUGCAAGACACACUUCGAGACGGAGGUGCAGCGUGACAUGGCUUCGUUUGAGGAGUCUCGACUCCAGGACCUGCUCGUCCUCAUGACUCAGGAUCCGUCACGGGCUCUCCGAUCUCUUCAGGAUGACUUCCAGCAGGUCUGGGAUCAGAGACUGUCAUGUCUGGUGGAAAGACGUCAACAGUACCUGCAGAAAUUGGAGCGCAUUCUAAGGGUUCUGGAGGGCGGUUUAGCCAAACACGCAGUGAUGAUGUCAGAGGAGUGUCAGCACAGGACUCGUGAGCUCGAGGAUCUCAAGGCUCUGCUAAGAUCUCCUCAGACGGCCGCUAUUGUACAUCUGCACGAGCAACAAAUCGCUCGUCGCACUAAAGCGACCGAGCAUCUGAACACACAUUAUGUUGCUCUGCUGAACGAAUGUGAGUCUGAGAGCUCCCCGCUCAGAUCAGCGUCUUCUGAGUCUGAGCGGCGGCUGGAGGAUCUGAGAAGAGAGACUGUAACUCUGCUGCAAGCGCAAAACGGCACCCUGCCCAAAACUGAGGCGGAGCUUCUGCGGGACAAUCAACAUCUGUCACUGCAGCUGCAGCAGACGCAGAAGCAGAUGGAGGAGAUUCAGGAUCAGAUGAAGGAACUGAAGGUUCAGUCUGAUUCCUUGAACCAGAAACAUCUUCAACUCCAGGAACUCGGUGCCCAGCUGAAGCAGAAGGAAGCUCUCAUCCAGAAGUUAGAAGCCAAACUUAAAGAGUCAGAGGUCCUGUCUAAGAGGAACAUGACACCAGCUGCCGCUGAACUCGCCGCCCUGAAGGACAAACUCGUCAAAAUGGAGCUGGAUCACAUCGCAGUCACCACAAGUCAUGAGAAAGAAAUCGCACAGAUGAGCUCAAUGUUGGAGCACAGAGCCGACGUCAUUCGCAAGCUGAAAGAGACCCUGAGGAAAAUGCAGCAGGACGAUGAACAGUCCUUCGCAGACGGUGAGGAGUUUGAACUUAAAUUGAGCUCAAACAGACCAGUCACAUCAAUUCAAGACAAGAAGAUGGAGGAGUUGCAGAAGAAGAACGCUCAGUUUGAGAGUCUGCUGAGCAAACAACAAGAGGAGAUCAACAAAUGGAAGCGGCGAGCGUACAGGAUUAAGGAGAGCAGGAAAGACGCUCUAUCUACUCCAACCAAACGCCAGCCUCCUCUGACGGAGACCGAAGUCAACUCGCCCAAGAAGGCCUUCCUGGACUCUCCCAAGAGCAAGUUCUUUGACGUGCGCUCCAGUGUUCCCAUCUCCCUCAACCAUCCCACGCAGUUCUUCGACAACUCCAGCCUCGGGACGGUUCCAGAGGUUUCGUGUUGGUCAGCCGAGGCGGUCGAGGAUUCUUCAGACAGUGAUGAAGAGGAUUCCAGCGCAGCCGUCGCAUCCAGUGCCGCACCGCUUGACGACUGGUGGAAGAUUUCUGACGCUUCGCCCACAAAACACGAUGCUAGCAUCAAUGCUAACGCGUGCCCAACGCAGUGAUCUGCCCUCAUGCCGUGGAAGUUGCCGUGUUGGAAAGUUCUGAAGUCAUGCAUUGAAAUGCAUUUUAUGAUGCACAAACUAAUGUUCACAGAUCUUCACAGCUGGAGCUUCAGUGAGCACUAAGAUUGUUCUUUUACAAGUCUAGAUUUUUCUUUCAUGUAUGUUUGCCUUUUUAAUGUUGUGGUGUUUUAUGUAAAUAAAGUAUGUGUUUAGUGUU